CGGGAAGGGGGAAGCGCCGAGGCUGCCUGACUGGAAUGAGGGUAGCUGCGGCGACUGCGGCGGCGGGAGUGGGGCCGGCCAUGGCGGUGUGGACGCGGGCCACCAAAGCAGGGCUGGUGGAGCUGCUCCUAAGGGAGCGCUGGGUCCGGGUGGUGGCCGAGCUCAGCGGGGAGAGCCUAAGCCUCACCGGCGACGCUGCGGCGGCUGAGUCCGAGCAGGCUCUGGGGCCGGCGGCGGCUGCCUUCAACGGCCUCCCGAACGGCGGCGGCGCCGGCGACUCGCUACCGGGGAGCCCCAGCCGCGGCCUGGGUCCCCCGAGCCCGCCCGCGCCGCCGCGGGGCCCGGCGGGCGAGGCGGGCGCGUCGCCGCCGGUGCGCCGGGUGCGCGUAGUGAAGCAAGAGGCGGGCGGCCUGGGCAUCAGCAUCAAGGGCGGCCGCGAGAACCGGAUGCCGAUCCUCAUCUCCAAGAUCUUCCCGGGGCUGGCGGCCGACCAGAGCCGGGCGCUGCGGCUGGGCGACGCCAUCCUGUCGGUGAACGGCACCGACCUGCGCCAGGCCACCCACGACCAGGCCGUGCAGGCGCUGAAGCGCGCGGGCAAGGAGGUGCUGCUGGAGGUUAAAUUCAUCCGAGAAGUUACACCAUAUAUCAAGAAGCCAUCAUUAGUAUCAGAUCUACCAUGGGAAGGUGCAUCUCCUCAAUCACCAAGCUUUAGUGGCAGUGAGGACUCUGGUUCUCCAAAACAUCAGAACAACACCAAGGACAGGAAGGUCAUCCCUCUCAAAAUGUGCUUUGCUGCUAGAAACCUAAGCAUGCCGGAUCUGGAAAACAGAUUGAUAGAACUACAUUCUCCUGAUAGCAGGAACACGUUGAUCCUGCGCUGCAAGGAUACAGCCACAGCACACUCCUGGUUCGUAGCUAUCCACACCAACAUAAUGGCUCUCCUCCCACAGGUAUUGGCUGAACUCAAUGCCAUGCUUGGUGCAACCAGUACAGCCGGAAGCAGCAAGGAAGUCAAGCAUAUUGCCUGGCUGGCAGAACAGGCAAAACUAGAUGGUGGAAGACAACAAUGGAGACCUGUCCUCAUGGCUGUGACUGAGAAGGAUUUGCUGCUUUAUGACUGUAUGCCGUGGACAAGGGAUGCCUGGGCAUCACCAUGUCAUAGCUACCCUCUUGUUGCCACAAGGUUGGUUCAUUCUGGCUCUGGAUGUCGAUCACCCUCACUUGGAUCUGACCUCACGUUUGCUACCAGAACAGGCUCUCGGCAGGGCAUUGAGAUGCAUCUCUUCAGGGUGGAGACACAUCGGGAUCUGUCGACCUGGACCAGGAUACUUGUUCAGGGUUGCCAUGCUGCUGCUGAGCUACUUAAGGAAGUCUCACUAGGCUGCACGAUAAAUGGCCAAGAAGUAAGAUUCACUGUCCACUAUGAAAAUGGGUUCACUAUCUCCAAGGAGAAUGGAGGUUCCAGCAGCAUAUUGUACCGCUACCCCUUUGAGAGGCUGAAAAUGUCUGCUGAUGAUGGCAUUAGAAAUCUGUAUCUGGAUUUUGGUGGUCCUGAAGGAGAACUGACCGUGGACCUGCACUCUUGUCCGAAGCCGAUCGUAUUUGUGUUGCACACGUUCUUGUCAGCCAAAGUCACUCGCAUGGGACUGCUCGUAUGAGCAGCAGAAAAUCAGAAAAGAGUCUUGAAUGUCACAAGAAGUAUUUCCACCUCAAAAAAAAAAAAAAAAAAAGCACAAAAAGAAAGCUCUUUGCUCUCUCCUCCAGCACAGUGCCUUGACAAGGACCUGCAGAUCACUGCUGAACAGUAACUGUGUUUAAAGAAGAGCCUGCCUUUCACAAGCUACCUUGGCCAGAAAUUCUAGGAUUCUAAUAAGCUCCGAACUGAAGCUGUUGAUUUAUUGCCUCGUUUCCUAAUGUGGUUUCUAAGUCAUUAGAUUUAUUUCCCCUCUGAAAAAGGAUGGCUCAUUGUGGGUUUUUGUUUAGUUUUAUUUUGUUUGUUUGUUUGGACGUAAUCAAAUAUCCAAGAGUUGUUUUCAUUUUCUUCUUCUUGUAGGAUUUAUUUCAAGCCUCGACAUCUUGCUUAGUUCAACCAUCUUUUCCCAGGUGCUAGUUGACAGCCGCUUGUGCUUUGGGCCAUUCCGGAUAGGUCCUACGUGCUAUUGGAGCUUACUGUCACUUCAUCCUUCCACCCCAGGAAGUCCCUGAAUUGCACACCAAAGCGUUCUCCCAUCUGUCCUGGCUCUCCUGCAUCCCACUCUGGUCACCACUUUCCCACCGCAUCACAAGCUUUGCCACUCAGAAGUGCUAACUUUAGGACUUAGAACUUGUGAAAUUUGAUUUGCCUUGCCUUCCACUCCCUUUCUAAUGGUGACCAAGUAGGAAACCACUGAUUUGAAAGAAGAGGUUUGCUUGUUUUAGGUUUUUCUGACUUAUCUUUGGUAGGAGCCAGGCGAUAAGAUUUCUUUUAAAAGAAAAUCCUCAUUUUAGCCUAAGCCAUUUUUUUAUUGCUUACCAAAUGUGCCUUUGGUUAGGGUUAGUGGAGCUUCAUUAGUCACUGUUUGAAUAACUGGAUUAUCACUGCCAUUCCAGGGAGAUCAUCCAUCUUGGUUUUGAGGAAUAGUCUUUGAGAUGGGUUUCCUUAGGAGUAUCUUUUCUAGUGGGUAGAUCUCACUGAGGAAGAUAAAUCUUGGAGAGCCCACUUCUUUAAAGAGUAGGCUCUAUAAAGCCAUCUCUUUAGCACAAACAUCAUGUGAAAUUGCAUUGGCCUUUGUGAGCCCAUGCUGGUUCCUGGCCCUGGUCCUCUCCCUUUGUGGCAGCAGAGUGGCAUGGACAGGCAGCUGCUAAUUCAAGACUCACUGUUGACUUAAUAAUGCAUUCUCUGGUGGGCAGGGUGAUGAGGCCACAGAACAGCUACCUGGGUUUUCCUAAGCAUUGCCAGACAUCAUCAUUAUUUAGUAGCAGUAAGAUUGUGGUAUUAAAGAAUCACACUCAGCUUGUUUUUCCUAAUUAUGAAGGAGGUAUAUAUCUGAAAACAUUUAAUAUAAUAGCUAUAUAUAAUGACAAGAUUACUACAGUCCCCAGAUCUAAAAGAAAAGGUGAUAUUGACUCAGAUGUUCUCGGUAUUCUCGGAGGAAAAGUCUAGGGAUACUUCUCACUUACUAUAUCUAUUAGGAGUGUCAUAAGAGGAGGUGAGCACUUCAGGGAGUAUAGGAGGGUAACACUCCAAACAGAGGAGGAAAAACCCCACAACCAUAAAUGCAAAACAUGAGCUAUUUGGUGUGAGUGUGGACUGACCUAGGUGGGACAUUUGGAAGAGCAGACUCAUGAGCAGAGAGUUUGAGUUAGACAUUGUAACUCCAUUGUGUUUCUUCUGCCCAUAAGUCAAUCUUUCUUCCCCUUGUACAAUGAGAUUAACCACAUGCAGAGGCUGGGGAGAGAUUACAGUUCUUCCCCCGGCUACCGUUCCAAAAAUAAAUGAUUUGAUCCACUUAAAACUGGAAAUUGGAAUCUAGACUAGAAUAUGCCUUUCAAGAAUUUUUUUAUGUUUUAAGGAUUCAUAGACCUAUGUUUAGUUCCAUCUUUAGUAAAUUUGCAAGGGAAGAAAAGCAGUAUCUUGAAGGUCCAGCUAUGAUUUCUGGAAGCAGAAUUUCAACACAUAAUACCCUCAGAUAAGGCAGCUUAGACAUUCUUCGCAGUGAGAGCAUUAUUAACCUGAAAAGUUGCACAGUGCAGUCACAGACUUUGCAGCAAAGCCAUUUGGUUGAGGUUUUCUUGGUUAGUGUGAAAGGCUAAUAAGCCACUGAGAAUAUUUUCAGGGGAAACUUACUGUACUCAUCAGUUAUAUGAAAAAGUUCUCUAAAAAGGGUAUAAUGAACAUGUGAGCAGGAGAAGGUAAAGUGUGUGAGCCAUUCUGACUCAUUUUGUUCAAGCUUGAACCAUCAUAUUUAACACCAAGGUCCAUAAGGUUUUUUAAAUAUUUUGAGUCUUAAUGUGAAAUGAAAAUGUGUGGGAGAUUUCCUUUGACCACUAGCACCCCUGAGAGCAAGAGCCCUUAAGCUGCCUGUGUAACAUCAACAGCUUUCCAAUCAUGGGUGACCAGCUUGUCCUUCAAUUAAGUGUGUUUAUGGAGUUUUCAAACCACAAAUGAAGUGCUUUUUAUGAAUAGGACAGCCUUGAUAAAUACGUAUUUUGUAUUAAGAUGCCAAAAUAUGGCAAAUUAUUUUCAAACGAUAACUAAAAAUGGGCAUUUGGGGUAUUUCACACCCUUUCUAGAACAGCUUAACUUGUCAUUUCUUUUUCAUUUUGAAUUAGGGAAGUUGCUGAGAAUGUUGCGGGCUUCCGUGUGUAGAAUGGGAAUGAACCUGCAGAGUAGUGUCAUCCCAGUGGACCCGCUUCCGUGCCCUCAGUUCCCCCAGACCUGGGGCUUUGACAUCUUCUCCAUAUUCCACACAGAUAUCUACAAGUAGCCAAUUGGCGUGUGAAAAUUCUUCCUCCUCAUUUCCUAAAAUUUCCCUUUUCCUCUCCAAAGAAAAAAAGAAAGAAAGAAAGGCUCAGUUACUCUUUUUCUGAAAAAGGUAAGCCCUUUCCUGAAGUUAUCAAACCUUACCUGGAAAUAAGUAUCUAAUAUUUUAUAUGAAGAAAUACUUUAAUGUAUGUUUAUACAGUAUUUAUUAGAUAGUUAUAACUGUAAACUCACCUACCUAGUAGACAGUUUCAGAUUAAAUAUUGGGACAUGUACAAACAAUCAAAAAUUACUUUACAUAUCAUUCACCUAUUUUAAAGCCAUGUUUUAGCACUUUUUAGGCUCGGUGAAGUCUGAUUGUGCCUGUUUUUAUCAGCUGUAUGCUCACAAACUUUGUUAUGGAACAUUAUUGGAUGGCAGGAGAGAUUGAAUUAUUUAUUUCUUACAUUUUUAGAAGUGGAAAAAUCUAACCAACAAAUGAUAAAAGUUGCCACUGAUUAUUUGUUUUCCUAAUUUAUCAUCCUAAGCAGAAUGGUAACAAAGCUUUUUUCAGCUGAUUAAAUGCACUUAGCUAAUAGACCAAAAUUUAUUCUUUAAAAAAAAAAAUUAAGCUGUGUGGAAUCUGGACAAGAUCAUUUUUCUCUCGGAAAAAAGUUUUCACUGUAAAUGAUUUUGAUGGACAAAAGUGUGACCACUUUUGAGAAAAAGUUAUGAUGGAUUUUUUUUUUUAAAUUUUGUGAGAACCUCCAGGUCUUCUUGUUUAAUUUAUGUGCAUGUGGAUGUAUUUGUAUGUUGUCAAAAACAUGGAAGAAUCUCCAUAUUUUUAAUGCAAAUUCUAUUGUAAGCUGCUAUGCAAAUUCUAUUAAAACCCUACCUACUUAAAAGUUAAACAUUUUUGAAGCUUUCAGGGAAGACCUGUAGACUUAAGCACUUUCUCUGCUUUUUUGUAUCUUAUCUUGGACACUUAUGCUGAACUUUGUUCUUAUUAUUUUCACUUGUUAUAAGCUAUUGAUUGUAUGUAAUAUUGAAACUAUCCAAAUAUCCAGCAUACAUUUCCACGUUGCUGCCAUCCACCGUAGAUGCCAUGAAUGAAUGGCUGGUUAGAAAGCCAAAGGUCAUAUUUUUUCAAUUGCUAAUGAAGAAGUAAAAUGACUGACCUCUUCAGUCUCAAAGCAAAUUGCUCUGGUCAGAUCAACUAUCUAUGUAAGGAAAAGAGACUUCUUUAAAUUUGGAAUUCAGCUUAAACUUCAAGUUUAAGUUGAAUUUGACCAUAACCAUAUUCACUCUUUUUGUAUGUGUAUCUCUAUCAGGUCUGUAAUGUACCAGGUGGUAUUAUAUUAUAUCCUGUCUUAAGUUUGGAAAUCUUAGUUAAAUUUAAAUUGUUAUUGUGGCUUUUUUUUUUUCCCCUCCUGAAGAUGAAAGCAGAGGAAUUUGCCAUUUGCUACUGUGCUCUCUCUUUCAAGAUUGCAUGGUAAUCUAGAAUUCUUUUUACUUUCUACAUACUGUCUUUAAAAACCAACAGCAGCAGUCUCUACUCUCCCUCCUUUUUUAAAGUUUUCUCCUUCCCUGCGCUGGGUAUCUAGACAAUAAAUGUGUGAUGACAGACAAUUAUAAAAUAAUUAUGUUGUAUAUCAAGAUUAUGUAUUUUUGAGCAAUAGAGCUACUCCUAUCAUGUAAUGAUAAGUGAAAUUUAUGCUAGAAAGAGACUGCUUAAUGGCACAUUUGAAACCAUUUCUCUAAAAAAAAAAAAAAAAAAAAGUAGAUCUGGCAGAUCAGUGAUACAAGUUAAAAUAAGGUACCAAAAAUAGGUUCAGAGAGCACACCUGUAUAUCUGUUGUCUUUUUUUUUUUUUUUUUUUUAACAAUAGCUAAACUCCCCACUGGAAGAGUGGUUUUUAUAUAUUAGCUCAACAAAAUAUUUUAACAAGAUUUCUUCUUUUGUUUCAAAACUGAUAAACUUGAGAUUAAUCUUUUGCCACCUCUAUUCUUCCCACUUCAGGUGACUGAACCAAAGCAGACUUAAGUUUUAAAGAUUUUUUUUUUUUUUAAUUUGUCAGAGACAGCAAGAGAGGGAACAGAAGCAGGGGGAAGUGGGAAAGGGAGAAGCAGGCUUCCUACAGAGCAGGGAGCCCAAUGUGGGGCUCAAUCCUAGGAUCCUGGGAUCAUGACCUGAGCCGAAGGCAGACGCUUAAUGACUGAGCCACCCAGGUAACUGCAGACUUAAGUUUUAAAAGUGAAUUUACGUUUGGUGUGAUUCAUAAGUAAUGCCAUUUACCGAUGAGUCCUUGCUCGCUAAUGAACAUUUGACUAUAUUCAACAAAAAUCUGCCAUCUGAACUGUAAUUUUUGAGUUGCUCCAAAAUAGAUUGGUUGAACCGAAAAAGCUAUAAUAGAGAAAUGGUACUUUAUUAUACUGUAAGAUUAGCUACCCUGGUAGAUUCCUAGUACCUUCCUCAGUUCUGCUGUUACUUAACUAUGCUAUUGACCCAGAUGCUUUGUUUUAGAGUCCCCCUUUAUCCCAGUCACAUAUUAUACCUUUGGAACCUGAAUGCUCUGUCACCUCUUCCGAAGUGAUGGAAAUCUCUUAUGAAGCCAAAAGGUUCUUUGGGGGCCUGGAGGAAUUUCUGAAACUGCAAGGCUAAUUAAUGACAUAUUAAUUCAAGUAUUGUUUCAUCUAAUAAGCACUUAGUAGGUACUCUGAAGUGUCCAAAAGAAAGUUCCUACCCUCAAGUAGCACAUAAUCCAUUAUUUCUCAGUUACACCAUGCCAUCUAUCAAUCAGUGGUCAAGUAAUUAACCACUUCAUACUUUUACCAAAAAGUACCUCUGCAGUUCUGCUCCUCUGGCUGACUGGAAAAGGUUUGAAAUCGUGCUCCGUCUCUGGUCCAGGACAACAUGAAAGAACUCCAAGCACACUUAAGUAGGUCAGUCUUUUUAUUAAGUUUAAUUUUUUUAAUGCAAAAUUAGACUUUAGCGGGGCGCCUGACUAGUUCAGUUGGUGGAAUGUGCAACUCAAUCUUGGGAUUGUAAGUUUGAGCCCCAUGUUAGGUGUAGAGAUUACUUAAAAAUCUUUUUUAAAAAACUAGACUUUAGUUUGAGAAGAACAGUAUAGAAUAUCCCUAGGAAUAAAUUACAACAACAACAAAACUUAAGCUCUGUUGCCCGAAGUGGAUCAACAGCAAGUCUUUUUAAAGAAAUGCUUCUUUUAACUAUAAAUAGCAAAGCUGAAUGUAUAUUUCAUCUAUCCCCAUUUCUAAAUUGUGCUGACGCAUGCAUUUCCACACUUAUACCCGUUGAACGUCUCAUUUGCUAAAAGUUCUUACACAUGGUAAAAGGAACAUUUGUCUAAUGGUGUGUCAAAAAGAAAAUAUUUUAAACUUAGCAAAGUUCCACUUACUCUAGAACACUCUGACAUUCAAACUCAAUAAAAAAGACGCCUAAAGGAAACAAGAGAGGCUAGUUGAAUUUUUUCAUAAUUUUCAUAGAGUGACAGUUCCCUCCCACCCACCUUGCCUUCCAUUUAUUACUGGGGUCAGCUUUUAAGGCAGUGUCCUUCAUUAUACCCAGAAAGUACUUCAGUCCUCUGUGAUUGGAAUGGCACAGGGCACAUGGUCACAUAGGCUCCUUCCCUUUUGUUUUCCACAUCCCGGAUUAGUGCACACAAAGUAGGUCUUGCCUUCAGUGUGUUGGCCUUUAAUUUAAACCUACCCUUUGACAAUCAGGUGCUAAUGAUUCUGUGGUAUUGGAAUCAGCACAUAGGUAUUGUCGUGGAAGUGUCUGUUCCUCCUACGUUGGCAGAAGUGCUUUCCUUCUAUCUCCUGUUCUAGAGGGUAUCACAUGUAUUUUUCACCCCUGUUUUGUGAAUUACUAAAACUUGGGGGAGAGGAAAUGACUUCAGUUAAGUUUUGGAUUUGGCACAAUCAUCAGUCUCAGUGAUAUUCUUCAUACCUGUAGCAAGUCUACCCUGAUUACAAGAACUGGUUUUAGUUUUGUAUUUUUUUUCUCCAGCAUAAGACUCCAGUAUUACGUUUACAAUCUGUUGGAUGUGUUCAGCAUAAGACCUUGGUGCCCAAAGAAUUUGUUCCUUUUUUGGUACCAGACCCAAGGUCUUAUAGAAGAUAAUAUGGCAAACCACUAACUAUGAAGGCCAUUUUGGCUAAUCUGUGCAAAUUCUGAUUAUGCCCCCCUUGUAUGUAUUUUAUUCCAUACAACUUUCAUUUUCAUUAAGUAUUAUUAGAAAACUAGAAUAAUACUUCUACAAGAAAUUAAAAGUAUAUGAUAUUCUGGUUUUUUCCUUCUUUUUAGAACCCUAUAUUUAAACAAGACUUCUUUUUAAGUGUUGUUUAAGAUUCAGUUCUCAAAUCCUCUGGUAUCGCCAGACUACCAAAUCAAAACUUAGGGCAUAAAACAGGGCAGUAUUUGUGUUCUUAAGAAUUAAAAAAAGCUUUAUGUGUACUCUAUAAAUAUAAAUGCAUAGACAAUACUUUCCCUUGAGUUGGACAUCAACAUACAGCAUUGUACAUUACAAUGAAAAUUUGUAACUUAAGGGUAUUAUAUAUAUAAAUACAUAUAUACGUUUGUAACCUUUAUACUGUAAAUAAAAAAAAAAUGCUUUUAGACUUGUA